AUGGUCAGCACCAUCAACGACAAUCCCUUCUCCCUGGAGGCGAUGUACCAACCCUACGAUUUCUACAACCGGCUCAGGGAAUGGGAACCGGUGCACUACAACGAGCAAUACGAAGUGUGGAUGGUUACCUCCUGGGAGCAUCUGGUCUGGGUAACCCGCCAUCCCGAGGUAUUUUCCUCCAGCGUAUUCGCCCGGGACGUGCGCCCACCGAACCCGCCAAUCGACGAAGACGACAUGGAAAUCUACAAUUACAUCAAAAAUUGGCAGGUUUCCCGUUUCAUUCAGCAAGACCAGAAACGCUACAACCCGGAAGUCUCCGGCCCUGACCACAUUGAUAUGCGCCGGGUGAUGCAUGGCUACUUCACGCCCAAGUCCAUGGAGAUGUGGCGACCGCUGGUGCAGUCCGCCAUCGAUGAGUUGCUGGACGCCGUUGAAGAAAAGGGCCGCAUGGACGUGAUGGCCGACCUGGCGACUCCGCUGCCGCUCUUGGUGAUUGCGCGGAUGCUGGGUAUCCCGGACAGCGACCGACCCAUUAUGCGGGUUUUGGCCAAAGACCUGCGCCACCUCAACCGCACCGGACCCGACCGUAUGGGUCCCCUGUCGCAGUCGGUGCAGAACCUGCAAGACUAUCUUGGGCCGCUGGUUGCCGAGCGGGUGGCCGCGCCCAAAGACGACCUGAUUUCCGUGGUUGCAGAAGGCGAGCGUCAGGGUAUAUUCACCCGCGACCAGGUGGUAAACAACGUGAUGCUCCUGCUGUCGGCGGGCCACGAGACCACCAUCAACCUGAUUUGCAACGGCACCCUGGCUUUCACUCAGCACCCCGACCAGUGGGCCGCCCUCAGGACGGACCCGGAUGGCAAGACCGUGCGCGCCACCGAAGAAGCCCUGCGCUACGACUCACCGGUCAAGUCCAUCCAGCGCAUCGCCCUGGACGACAUCGAAAUAGCCGGACAGACCGUGCGCAAGAACGACCGGGUGCGCUGGUUCAUUUCGGGCGCCAACCGCGAUCCCAAAGUGUUCGACCGGGCCGACGAUUUUGACAUCGACCGGUAUCCCAACCAGCACGUAGCCUUCGGCAGCGGGGUUCACCACUGCCUGGGGGCCACGUUGGCGCGACUCGAAGGUCAGGAGAUAUUCCGAAACCUCGCCAAUAGGUUUGAAAGCCUGGAGCUUGAGAUUCCGGUGGAGCAGGUGGAAUACGACCAGUUGAUCGGGCUACGCGCCGUGGAGAGUUUGCCGGUUACGGUAACCAGCGCCCGGUAA